UUAUUCUCCGACACUCUCUAAUUCCCUUCACUGUGGUUUUUGUGCAUAGCAGAGAGGAGAGAAAGAAGCGGGAAAAGAUGCAGAAGAGACAGAGCGGAGGCGGAGCAGCCGGUGGCUCCGCCACUCCGGUAGCAAAGAGAGGCCGUCCGGUCGGCAGUGGAGGCAGCAACGCUGCCGCUGCAUCUGCUGCCUCCAGUGCUGCCGCCGACUCGGUAGCUCCCCCAACACUCCUCGGCCCUUCCCUUCAUGUUCAUUAUGCCUUCGCUGAACAGAAUAAUAAAAGGAUUGUUCUGGCACUUCAAAGUGGAUUGAAGAGUGAGCUGACGUGGGCAUUAAACACUCUCACUUUACUAUCAUUCAAAGAGAAAGAUGAAGUCCGGAAAGAUGCAACCCCUCUUGCCAAAAUUCCUGGGUUGCUGGAUGCUCUACUUCAAGUUAUAGAUGACUGGCGUGAUAUAGCCUUACCAAGGGUGCUUGUCAAGACACCACGUGUUCGACUCUUGGGUGCAAAUUCAGCUGUUACUGGAUUUGGAAAUGAAUAUGAGGCCUUGAACUCAAAUAAUCCCUUAUCCCAUCCUAGUGCUGGAUCUGGAUCUUCCAAAGAGGCAUCUUUUCAUAAGAGUACUUCCAAGACUCGCCCUGGAGCCUGGAGUUUUGAAGAAGAUGGCCUAUUUAAUUUGGAUGAGGAGGGGCGGGCAGAGAAGCAGCUGUGUGCUGUUGCUGCUUCAAACAUUAUCCGCAACUUCUCUAACAUGCCAGAUAAUGAAGUCAUCAUGGCGCAGCAUAGGCACUGCUUGGAAACCAUAUUUCAAUGUCUUGAAGAUUAUGUUACAGAGGAUGAGGAACUUGUCACAAAUGCCCUCGAGACUGUAGUGAAUUUGGCACUGUUGCUGAAUCUUCGGAUCUUUAGCUCCUCAAAACCUUCUUUUAUAAAAAUGACGGAGAAACGUGCAGUCCAGGCUCUCAUGGGAAUGCUGGGAUCUGCCGUGAAGGCCUGGCACGCUGGCGCUGCUGAAUUAAUUGGUCGUCUUAUAAUAAAUCCCGACAAUGAACCUUUCCUACUUCCUUUUGCUUCACAGAUAUAUAAACGUUUAGUCGAUAUAAUGAGCCUACCACCUACUGAUGCUCAAGCAGCUGCUGUAGGUGCAUUAUAUAACCUUACAGAAAUAAAUAUGGACAGUCGUUUGAAGCUUGCCAGUGAACGAUGGGCAAUUGAUCGACUGUUGAAAGUGAUUAAGACACCACAUCCAACACCAGAAGUUUGCAGGAAAGCAGCAACUAUUUUGGAAAGCCUCGUGUUGGAGCCACAGAACAAGCCCCUCUUACUGGUGUAUGAAAAUGCUUUUGCAGAGAUGCUCUUUGGGGAUGCAAGGUACUCGGACAUAUUUGCAAGGAUAUUAUAUGAACUAACAUCACGGCCAAGCAACAAAGUCGCAUCAGCUUGUGGGAUCUGGGGCAUGUAAGCCCAAAGUGCCGUCGUGGGUAGAUUUCUGCUGACAUCCUGCUGUAAAUAUUGUUCAACUUGAAUAUUUAUUAGGUAAACAUGCCUUUUUAUUUCUCUAAGCACUAAUUAACGCGUUGUAUUGCAUGGCUCCCACUAGUUAGCUCUUAAAUGCAAAACCCUUUGGCAUAUGUUAUAGAAUUAUAGUUCUUGGCGGUAGUUCUUUCUCCUUAAGGCGAGUGCACUAAUUAUGGGCUAGUCCUCAGGGCUUUGGUUCA